GGAAAACAUGCCCUGUGUGGGGUCCUGAGGACCGAGUUUGAGAACCUGUGCUGUAGGACAAUCUAUUUUUUAUUUAACGAGAACUGUAGACAAACAUGAUUCUAUUUUAAAGUGUAGGGGGUUAUUUCAUGAACUCAUAUUCAACCUUCGGAUUUGGCUGUUUUUCCAAAUCUUCCAUUCUGGGGGAAAAGUUGUCCCAUUGCUGGUGUAAAUAAAGUGCUUUCAGGCGUUAAAUUCCCCGCAGCCAGUGUCACAGACAUUCGCAUCUGGUGCUGUAAGAGGAGCAUAUGUGUGAGACUAAAUACCUGAUCUCAAGGAAGUGGAUAGGUCUCUUGUAUUGUUUUGCUCUACCAAUGCCUAGGUUUUUCCCUGGCCGCUAGGAGCUGUAGAAGAAUUCCCCUGUCAGAUUAAAAUGUGCAGCAAAAGGGAAAUUCCUAGCAGAUCAGAUUUCAGCCCUCACUAUGUACAUAUACCUGCGGCUUCUCCAGUAAGAGCAUUCAACCAUCAGUCACUAGGAGAGCACUUGACAAGCUGCGAUCUCUUACAACCUGCCAGCCGCCCUUACCUGUAAAAAGACUAUGUUCACCAAAAGAAGAAGUUCAGAAAUAGAUCAACAAGUGAUUAAACAAGGGAGUCUACUCAAGUCUCCGCCUCUCUACAUCUUUAAUAAUCGGAGUUCAUGGAAAAGACGCUUAUUUAAACUCUGCAAAAAUCCCACCGACUCCUACGUCAUAAAGUACUACGAGUACGAUGGAAGGUCAGAGAACUUGAAAGGGGACAUUGAUGUCAGCAGUAUUACAGAUGUAGAACUGGGAACAAAGACGAUGGACAAGAACUUGGGGAAGAUCCUGCGGCUUCACAACACGUCUCCAGAAAACAUGCUAUGCAUCAAGACUGAGGAUCGUAACUACUAUCUGCUGGAUGACACUGUAGAUACAAUCACCGACUGGUACAAGAGUAUCACAGACGUGUGGGUGAAAUCCAACCAAACAGCUAAGCAGGCCGGGCCCCGAAUUACACACACGAUCCCACUCCAUGCGGCUUAUCAGACAGAAGCGACAAGACCCAUAUCGUGUCCUGAGCACGGUUCCGGCAUCAGACUGUCAUCAGCUGAGGCAAGAGACAGAUCGCACACAGACCCAGGAAAUCAGUGCAGCGUUGGUGUUUGCAACCAAGAGCUUCCCAGGAAUUCUCCAGAACAGCCGAUUGCAGCGAGCCAGAACAGACGAUCCGUCACACACUCCGACCUUUUCCCAGACUGGGCUCCCGUAGUCAGAGAGAUAAGGAGACGCUCUGACGCACUUGCGGACCAGGACAACUUAUUGAGCUCCCGAUUAAGUGGUGACACUACAGAUGGCGCCUACAGCAGCGAACCAGAGUCCAUCUAUGACAUACCGCGAUCUGUGCUUAUGCAGAGCAAACGUGACUCGCAGCAGUCUGCGGAGCAGGAUGAGACCAGUGACCUGGAUUCAUCUGACGGGGACGUCUAUCAGGAGAUGGGCUCUGUGGCUGCGGAAGAGACUAUCAGCUGUCCACCAAAGCCACCCCGGAGGACCUCCACACCUACAGACCCUCACAGGUACCGAAAAACCCAGGGAAGCCGACUGAAGAAAACUUACAUUCUAAAAAUGAUGUACGAACAACAAGACAACCAAUCUGAAUUGGAAAAGAUAAAUAUGACAGUACCCACGGAACAUUUUAAAAAUUAUCUGGCAGUAGAGGAAGUUGCAGAUCGCUUGUAUGUAUGUAAGUGGAACGGACCGGUAGAGAUCGGCUGCAGGUUCCAUCACAGGGAUCACAUUGACGCCAUUAACGGAUUCCGGCUGGCAAACAAAGAAUCGUUCUCAGACAUGCUGAAUAAGUUCAUUUUGGAUGAGGUUAAUCUUGUGGUGUUCCGGAAUAAGAAAGCGGAGAUUUUCCAUGUGGAUGGAUGCAGCUGCAGUAGAUCAUGACAGCGCCCCUUAAUGGAAGAAAGGGAAGAGUGGAGUUUGCACAGAAUGAAACACUGAUAAUGGUUCUGCAGAGACUGAAGUGUAUCUUCUCCUGGACAUUUCUACAGAAAUACUGAGCCGAGAAUGUAAUCUAUGUACUGUAUAUACUUCAUAGUAACAUUAUACUGUGAGAUGUAACCGUUGCUGAGGCAGUGAAUGGUUUAUGUAAGGCCAAUUGUACUGGCCAAUACUACUUGUUAAUCUUCCUAUUGUAUGUGUUUAAGAAACAUGAUUAAUGCAGGCAGGGAUUCUCUGUCAUGUGCAGGUACAUACUUAUGUAUGUUCUAUAAAUGUAUUUGCAUGAGUGAUUGUGCUACUUGCAUACUGAAAUUUUACAUUCUGUUCGGUCCGCCUCUACAUUAUAGUCACCUUGACGGGUGAAGGUGGGGACUACAGUUGUAUAAAUAUGGAGCGUUUGCCCGGUUCUGUGCGUAGAAGCACUUGGGCGUGAGAAAGCUUGUUAUUGUUAUACUAACAAGCAUGAUUUGUUUUAUAUUUAACUAUCCCCUAGUCAGGGGAUAAUCCCACGGAUGUAAAGAUUUCAAUUGGCAACACAUAUGUGCUAGUCCUGACCGAUGAACCAUAUCAUCCUCUUAAAAGGGGACACGGACUACAGUUAGAAUUGGUCGGAUCCGCAGAAGUCACCAAAUUCGAGAAUGUACAUUCAUGUGAAUUAAUCCAAUGAUAAAUCCAGACAAAUACAUCCUAAGGCCAGUGUCUAACAGUUUUGGAAAUGUGACCUGUUUAAAGAGUGGAACGUUUGGUCAGUGUAACAUUUAAGAGCCCUGGAAAAUCUGUAUGCAGCACACUGACAGCCGAAAUGCUACGCUGUGACAGGAGACAGCAAUUUCCACUUGCCUAAACGAUACACAGACGGAACGUGGACUUAUCGUAGCUCACCGCGGACUCCCGGUCAGAUAACGACGCCCGACUGACUGCAAUCAACCCCAGAUUCCCUUGGAAGACCAUGCGGUCUCAACCUAAAUAGUCCUGUCCUAAUACAGACAUGCUUAGGUCUGGAUACUGGGGUGCAAGUAAUGACUAGGCUAGAUGGGAUAGAGAAUGCACUUUAAACCCCCCUCCCCAAAAUAUGUGACUGUACACAGUUUAAUUAUGUAUAAUAUUGUAUAUUUACUGUAUAAAUGAUAGUGUAUGGAAAUAUUUUCUUAAAAAAUAAAAUAAUGUAAAUUAA